AUGGAAUUUGCCACUUUGGUGCAGGGAACCAUGACAGUGCACCAGUAUGUAGCUAGAUUCAUUGAAUUAUCCCGUUUUGCUACUUAUCUAAUUCCUGAUGAAGAAAAGAAGGCGCGUAAAUUCGAAAAAGGGCUAAAUCGAAAUUUUUAUGAACGAGUAGUGGACUUCCAGAUUUGGAACUUCUCAGAGUUGGUAGAUAAGGCCACAGUUUUUGAACGAAGCCUUCAAAGGAGCACUACAUUGCACGAUCAGAGGAAGAGGACUAUUUCAUCAGGGCAUCAUUCUGGCAUGGACCAAGGAUCAUGGAAAAAGAGGAAUGAAGGUAGUAGCUCGGGUAAGAGGCUGGUUCAGGGCACCCGACAAGCAUAUCAAUGUAGAACUUGCAACCAAGUACAUGCCGAAGUAUGCAGGAAGGAAGCGGGACUAUGCUACCAUUGUGGCAAAUCGGGUCACUAUCUCAAGGACAGCCCUUUGCAAUUGGAUAGCAAUAGGCCUCCACCACCUAGGGCAGAAGGGACAGAGCGAGGCAACAUCCAGUGUAAUACUGCACCUGCACGGAUUUUUGCUCUGACACCUGGAGAGGCAGAGGAUAGGAAUGACGUGAUCACAGGAGCGACACAUUCAUUUGUUUCCAUCACUAAUUCUCGAUUUUGCACCUUAGAAACCGAAAAGUUAAAGUCCAAGUUAGUGGUUGCAACCCCAACAGGAAAUUCAGUAGUCUAUGAUGAGGUUCUACUAGAGUGUCCUUUAUCAAUUGAGGGAAGAUUAAUGGCAGCAGAUUUAAUAGUGUUUAACAUGAUUGAGUUUGAUGGGAUUUUGGGUGUGGAUUGGUUGGCUUGCUACCACACCAGGAUUCUUAACCUUGUGGUAGAAGCACCAAAAGAGGAGUUGAAGUUAGAGAAGAUACCUGCUGCGAGGGAUUAUCCAGAGGUUUUCCCAGAAGAUUUACCUGGACUCCCGCCCAAGCUAGAGGUAGAGUUUGCUAUUGAACUACUCUCAGGCACGACACCCCUUUCGAAAGCACCUUACUGGAUGCCACCGUCUAAAUUAGUAGAACUCAAGGAGCAGUUGCAAGAUUUGUUGGACAAGGGUUUCAUCAGGCCCAAUGUAUCACCUUGGGAAGCUCAAGAGCUGAAACGGAGAUCAGUGACAGCUCCAGAGUUAGCAGUCCCCCAGGCUAGAGGUGGAUUUAUAGUUUAUAGCGAUGCAUCAAGGCCUGGAUUGGGGUCCAUACUGAUGCAACAUGGCAAGGUUAUAGCAUACGCCUCACGCCAACUGAAAGCGUACGAGUAA